GAGACGAGACUCUAUAGUUUCUCAUUCCGUUCCAGACCACGAGUCGCGUAUUUGCUGUUUGGCCCUCGCUUUUCCCCAAUCGAACCAUCCAAUUUUUAUAUUUACGCAAGUGCUUUUCGUUCGCGUCGCGAGUUUUCCUCGUUUGUUUACCUCUGAUUAUCGCGGUGUGUGUUUGUUUGGAUCCUAUGUAUAUGCAUAUGUGUGUGUCAGCCGGUGGCUUAGCUUCGAGUUUUCAGUUUACCAUUUAAGAGACUGCAAAAUUGCAAUUGCAAAAUUGAAAGCAACACAUGUUCUUUUGUACGCGACAUUGCUAAUUCCUGGACAGGUCUCAAAAAAAGUUGGCGAGUUGGCUCUCACCGCAAACGCCGCUCUCGCUCUCCGGCGAAAGAGCGGUCGUGAGACCACUUUUCUUGGCGCCGCAACUUCAGUUUGGAUUCGUCGCUCGGUCGUUUCGGUUCGGUUCGGUUCAGUUCGGUGUGGUUCGCAACUCGCACUGGCAUUCGCAUUCGCAUUCGCAUUCGAGAGUGAGUACUGCUGAGUGAUUUAGUGCGCAGGCGUCGCGUUCGCGGUGGAGAUGCUGGGAUAAUAUAAUGUUGAUGUGAAAAGUUCAUUUCCCAAAUAAAAAGCCACAGAAGUCCGGUCUAAGAAGUGUGCAAAAAUAAUGUGUAGCCUGGCCAAGAGCAAAACAAAAAAGAUAAAAGAGAUACAACUCUGCAAAUACGGGUUUGGUUCUUAUCGCGUUCUCCUCCGUGUGGUAUUUUUUUUCGUUCACUGCCCAGUGCUUGACCAUUAAAAGAACCUUUCACACACACACACGCGCGCAGUGCCAGAUCCUUAAGUCUGAACUCUUGGCGUUAUUUUUAGACGGCUAACAAAAAACCUGGGAAAGCAACCAAGAAACCAAGCCACCGAGCAACCCGUCAGCAGAAAGACACCAACAGAAAUGGGCACCAAGUCACCCGGUGGUCCACAGCGCUGCCGUCUGAUCUUGCAGCGCUGCCUGGCCAUUCAGCUGACCAAGCCCGGCCACACGCCCGAGGACUUUUGGAUGUACGACUCGGGAUAUAUGAUAUUUCAGAACUUUCUAGCUGCCAAUGCGCAAUGCUGGUGGAAUGGACCUUUGACUGCUGCCACAAGAGCGCUGAAAUACGCAGGACAUGUGGCGCCUGGAAUGCUGCUGGUUACGGCUGAGCCCUGUGCCCUGGAGGUCCUGCGAGGAGCCUUUGCCCGAAGUGUCCUGAAGCCACCAGCCACUUAUGUAAUCAGCUCAGUGGGUGACAUUGACGAUUGCAUUGUGACGCCAACAGUUCAGGGACAGUUCACGCCGCUUCCAGAGGCACUCUGCGAUGUGAUCAUGGACCUUACCGCCGAGGGCCAGUCGGCGACCAUUGAGCAUGUGCGCGGCAAACUGGGCGCCCGAUUCCCACACAUGACCACGCCGGCCACCGAGGUCAUUUACGACUCCCUCGCCCAGCUGAUGCAGGAGCAGAAGAUCUACCAGACCUCCAAGGGAUACUUCAUCUACACACCAGAACGCCGGCGAAGUCGAUCGAGACCGCGCAGCAAUCACCACCAGUUGAAUGGCAGCCUAGCCUAUGGUCACCUGGCGGAGGAGGAGCAGCAGCACGGUGAUGAUGUGGUUCCCCAGGAGGCACGCACAAUGCUGAUGUCCAAUUCCGAGGCCUUGCACUCUCUCUACGGAGAAAUCUCAACGGAGCGGGACGGCGACCUCACCCACCAGUGCAUCCAAACGAAUCUGGCGGAUGUGAUCUGUGGCGGCAAUCCCAAUGACAAGAUCAUCUAUCCAAGGGCGGCCAAGCGACGCAGUGCAUCGUUUCCGACCCCGCGCAGCUUGGAACGCCGGCACAGUUUGCGGCUCUUUGGCUCUUCGAAGCGCCUGCAACGCUGCGCCUCCACGCGAAGUCUGUCCAAGACCUACGCCCAAACGCUCAACACCACGGACAGCAGCAGCUCGGAAUACCAAAGCACAGAUUCGUCAUCACCCAAAAAAGGAUCUUUGCUCUCACGACUUUUCCGACGCAGCGGUCGAGCUAAACAGCGGCAGAUAGAGACCUAUUCGGCCCAAUUCCCUCCUGCCGAGUGGUUCAACACCAGAGCCGUUCACCUCCACAGCGUCGGCACCCAAACGGCCGAGCACGACAUGCCCGUUGCUCACACGCUGUCCAACUCGACGUUCUACGACGGCUCAGAGCUGAGCCAGCGCUCCUCGACGUUGCCCCGUCGCCAUCGACGCCACAUGUCCAGCGAGUCGACGUUUCUGAUUUCCUCCAGGGAUUGCUCGCCCAUCCGCCGCCGAUCGCCGGUGUACUGCAGCAGUUCGCUACCUCGUUCCACGCAGUCGAUUCCGACCACCACGGCCAAGACAAAUCAUUCGUCGCGCUUGAGUCAUGGUCACGGAGGAUCUGUGACACCAACGCCGCCAAAGACGGCACAGAAGUCGGUGAUUGGGAAACACAUUUUCGAGAGCUCGCCAUCACGAUCCGCCACGCUGAAAGCGACGGCGGCCAAGCGCCACACGGACGGACUGAUCAUCAACAGCUGCCUGGACAACAAGGCCACAUACCGGAGCCUGCAAAGCAGUGGUCCCUCGAGCCUCGAGUCCUGCAAGACGACCUCGAUGCUCGCCAGCGGUCCAUCGAGUAUUGACAGCGGCAAGGUGUCCUUUAGCCAAAAGACCAGCGGCCACUCUAGUCUGGACUCGCAAUGCUCCACCAAUACGGCGGUGAUAGCACCACCAUCGAGCAGUAACAAUGGGAGUUCUCGUUCGAUUCUUCUACUAAACGGUUCUCCACGGGGGACACCACGUCAUCAGGCCAUGAGGGCACGAGUGGCCGAGGCACAGGCGCAAAGACAAAGAGCCAGUACGCCUAGUCGCAUCAUGGAGGAAAUUUAUCCGGCGAGUGGAAGCAACGGUGUUACCACCUCCAACAGCAAUAACUCCAUUACACUACAGGUUACCACCUCGAAUGGCAAUCAAAGCAUACCCAGCACCAAGAUCUUUGUCCAAAACUCACCGGUAAGGAGUGUUAUUACCCUGGAGAACGGCAAGAUGCUGGAGAACUCCAAUGUGUUUAUCAUCAACAAUGAGACGAUGACGAACGAGAAGGGAGAGAUCAUCAAGAAAACCCUGUCCAAGCAGACUUCCGCUGCUCCAGUGGCUACAUCUACGCCUGUUAAGCCGGAAACUGUUUCCGAGCAGCCACUUAGUGAAACGGAGGCCAAUUCGGAAACCUGCGACUCCAUAUCCUUCAUCAGUGAGUGUUCCCCGGAGAGCACGUGUGCUGUUGAACCGGAGACCCCUGUUUAUGAUGGAGGAAAGUACGCCAAGAACACCAAUAACGAUGCCACCAUGAACAACAGUCGAAAACUGUGCCUCCAGCUGACCAAUGGCAUUGCAUACAAGAACAACGUGCUGAAGAAUGAAUCCCAACCUAAUUCGCCUAGUGCGGAUGCUCCUCAUAAACUGGCAGCACUAGCCAAGCAGGAUUUUGAGAUUGCCGGCUCGGUGGGCAACCUGCAUUUUUACGAGAAGAGUUCAAAGGAUGUGGGUGCCUCGCAGAGCAACAACAUGAUGAUGAACAGUAGUACCGACCUCAAGAAUCUGUGCUAUGAGUCCGUAUGUCAGCUGCAAAAGUGCUCUAUGAAUGGCGAUGAACUGGCGCUGGCCCACUUGCUACACAAAUCAAGCAAUCCACUGGGUAGUGAGCCCAACUUGGCUCUAAAAGAUCUGGCGAAUGAUAAGUCUAUUGAUAAGGAGGCCAUCGAUAGACGACUCAGCUUGACCAAGGAAUCUUUGGAGCAAGGAAUGGGCAGCGUACUGGCCAACGGCGGCGAAGAGCUUUAUAACUUUCCCAGUCUGACCGACUUGUCCUUCAACUUUACGUCCUUGGCAGCGAGAAAGAUCCUUCAGGGUGUGAGCCUCAACAGCAUCGACACCCUGGUGGAACUCAACAUGGCAGCAGCGGCGGCGGCGGCAGCGGUGGCAAAUAAUUCGCAGGAGAAGCAGCAGAACAACCAGCCAGCGACGGCAGGACCAACUGCAUCCGUUUGCACCGACUUCGGAAUGGUCUAGGCCAGAGAUAAGGCAUCUCCUCCUCCCCAACAGAGAUCAUCGCUGUGGGUUUUUCGGAGCAUCGUAGCCUCUUAGCUUCUUAGCUUAAUCAAACGACAAGAUCUUAGGGUCUAGAUAGGAGUUAUCUACUGUCCGCAUUUGGCAAGAAUCUUGUGUAAUUUAUUACCAUUUGAUUUCCCCAUUCGACGAUAGCAGCAAUUUGUAUGUAUCUUUCUUUAGGGUUUUAUCGGAAGCAAACUUUAAUUUACAGUGCCAAAAUACGUUUAGAUUAAUUUUAAUGCUUAUUAUUUCUUAUGCCAGUUCGUAUUUCGCUUUUAACCAGAGAGACACCGCCAAGCGGCUUCUGUUUAAGCAAUCCGAUUUAUGUAAAAAUCCACAAAAUCACUAUGUUAUCCUUACUUUUGUGUACAUUAUUCAAAACAAUUGUUUAUACUAACAACGCCCAAAAUGCAAUCCUAUCUAUACUGACGCGAACCGCAAGAGAACAGAGAUGUACUACGAACAUAGAAUUUAGAACUAAAACGGAAAUACAAUACUUUUGUACAAGGCCUUAAUUAGUAAAGUCAGCAAUAAUACAAAAUAAGUUGAAUCACUAAUAAAACGAUAUUAAAGUAAAUAUAUAAUGUA